AUGAGUGAAGGGUCUGAAGAAACGAUCAACGAGGAGUAUAAAAUAUGGAAGAAGAAUGCUGCCUUUCUUUACGACUUCGUCGUGACGCAGAGCUUGGAGUGGCCAAGUUUGACCGUGCAGUGGGUCCCGGGAGUUUCAAAGUUUGUAAAAAUACCUUAUCUGUUUUGCGUUUUCGUUUCUUACGUGAACAGUGCAGUAGUUUUGUGUUCCUCUUUGAGGUCGACUCGGGAUGAUUACGUCAUACACAAGCUGAUUUACGGUACACACACAUCUGAAGAACAAAAUUACCUAAUCAUCGCUUCGGUGCAUCUGCCGACUGAUAACGCUCGGUUUGACGUCUCUACGUAUGAUGCCGAGAACAGCAAAUUCGGCGGUUUCGGUGGUGCUGGCUUCAACAUUGAAGUCUAUCAACGUAUCAACCAUGACGGAGAGGUAAACAGGGCACGUUACAUGCCACAGAACACGAACAUUAUAGCGACCAAAACUCCAAGUUCUGAAGUGUUCGUAUUCGACCUCUUGAAGCAGCCUUUGAACCCAGGUAUGGAUGCAAAUGUUUUAUUUUUUAAUCUCACGACUGAAUUUUGUUCACCGAAUCUGAUUCGAAAAUCUGUUAGAUGGCUUAACCGCUUUUUUGCUUUUAUUUGUUCUCACAGUCUCUGA